AUGACGACCGAAAGGCGUGGCCCUUCUCUGUGGCGGUCUACCGUCCAGCCAGAAUCAGCAGAUCACAGCUACCGAAACCCUCAGAAAGAAACAAAAGUGUUGGCAGCGGGGUGGAAGUUGACCGAUGCACAUGCGCCUUUCCAAGUAGAUACGAUAUGGGAGAAGAAUGUAAAAAUACGAAUGAGAGACGGAUGCCAGAUCUACGUGGACAUUUUUAGGCCACAUGAUGCUCCAGCAAGUACUGUCCCAGCAUUGCUCGCCUGGAGCCCAUACGGAAAGUCUGCGUGUCAUACAGGAGGCUUUAAUCCACUAGAUAUGAUCCCUGGGCGAGUGGGGGUUCCUCAGAAUCGACUGUCUGGAUUUGAAAAGUUCGAGGCACCAGAUCCAGCCGAAUGGACAGCUAGAGGCUAUGCAAUUGUCAAUCCCGAUCCUCGAGGAACCUAUGACUCUGAAGGUGAUAUUCAUCACUUCGGAGCUAUCGAGGCUAAUGAUGGUUAUGACACCAUCGAGUAUCUUGCUGGUCUAUCGUGGUGCAACGGCAGCGUGGCUCUAGUUGGUAACUCGUGGCUGGGAAUCGCUCAGUGGUUUAUUGCCGCCACGCAGCCGCCACACUUGAAAUGCAUCGCCCCUUUGGAGGGCGCGGGAGAUCUCUAUCGCGACAUUCUCUGUCGGGGUGGUAUUCCGCAGACGCCGUUCUGGGACUUCCUUUCCGGGGUGCUUAGAGGAAGAAAUCGACAAGAGGAUGUGGUGGGCAUGCUGAAAAAAUAUCCUCUGAUGAAUGAAUACUGGGCAGACAAGCGAGCGGACAUGACCAAAAUUCAGGUGCCAGCUUACGUUCUUGCGAGUUAUUCAACGUUUCUUCACACCUUCGGUUCAUUCCGGGGUUUCACUGAAAUCCCGCACAACAAAAAAUGGCUUCGAGUUCAUCCGACUCAGGAAUGGCAUGAUCUGUAUCAAGAAUCAACCAAUCGUGAGCUCCAAAAGUUCUUCGAUUUCUAUACCAAAGGAAUAGAUAAUGGAUGGGAGGAGACCCCGAGAGCAAGAUUGUCACUCCUGCGGUACAACAAUGAACCCCUGGUUAAUCAAAUCUUCCCUGAUUGGCCAAUCCCAAGCACUUCUGAUCGUACACUCUAUCUUCACGGAGAUAACUGUUUGGCUGAAGAGUCUUCGGACACUCCUGAGACUCUGUCAUAUAUUUCCGAUGUACCGUUUCGGCAGACCGACGCUGAUUCAGAAGAAUUGUCCUUCACGCACACCUUUAAAGAUCCAUGUGCUCUUGUUGGUUCUUCUCGUGCGGUAUUGUAUUUAUCAUGCGAAGAAGGGACCGAUAUGGACGUCUUUGUUCAAAUUCGGAAAGCAGAUGUGAAUGGUAAAGUCCUGCGGAACAUCAACAUCCCCGCCGGUGAUAGGAGGAUCUGCAAUAUGCCCGAGCCUGUCGAUUUAAUCAACCCGUUGGUCUACCUGGGUCCCACUGGCUGUCUGCGUGCCAGUCACCGUGCACUAGAUCCGAAAUUGAGCAACGACUGGUGGCCGGAGCAUGAUUAUUCUACAAAGCAGCCUAUCAGACCUGGUGAAGUUGUUAAGUUGGACAUAGGACUUUGGCAAACCGGAAUAUACUUUGAGCCAGGGGAGAAGCUGAUUGUGAAAGUGGCAGGGCACAAUAUGACCCUGGCAGAGUUCCCAGACUUGCAGGGAGCCAUGGUAAAUUACAACAGAGGUAGACACGUUCUCCAUGUUGGUGGGCCUUGUCCCAGCCGGUUGAUAAUCCCCACCAUACCGGAUUUUGAAACCAAGAAUGUUAUGCCCGCUUCUAGUACGCACUGAGCCAUUGUGUCUCCAGAUUCUCGAUUUGGAUACUGAAAGAAUUUGAUAGUGCAUAUUAUCU